UUGACGUUCUUCUUGGAGCUUUUCCAAUUUGUGCUCAAAGGCUUUGGGUGUAAGUGUUAUUUGUCUUUUUUCAACUUGGCUAGUGUCAUUCAACUCCAUUUUUCAUUUACAAAAAAUCCAAUAAAAAAAAUAAAAUCCAAUCACAAAAAAUAUCUGCUAAUGACGUUAAGACAUAGCGCUCUUUUAUAAUUUGUAUUUCCACCUGAAAAUAGUACAGCUACAGUGCAUUGUUUUGAUUCCCCCUAACUUCCACCGAGGCUAAACUAGACUCACCCUAGUCUUCUGUGCGUACUAGCGGUGGGUAUUUAUGUACCUAAAUACCGAUAGCCUCAAACCAGACUAACCGUCUUAGAAGGAGAACUACGGCGGCGCACUCCCAAGCGCAAUGCUUCACCCGCUUGACGCACGAACAAAAACCCUACAAAAGGUCCCGAAACAAACAAACCAGUACAAUCCCCUUAUGCGAAAGUACUACUAAGCCUAGCGGGGAAUACAAACAAUGCACAAUAUUUAUAGACGUGUACCUUUCAAUAGAAGCGCUGUGAUUACAAAAGGCAUAGGAAGAGCAAAUUUGUGAAGCAAUGCGCUUUACGCGAGUCUAAUGAGCGUUCACGUCUAUCGUUUACAACUUUGAAAGCGAUCUCCGACAUCCAGCGUUAUCACGACAAUACAUUUCCGCGCUUCAACAAACUUUCUUUUGACAAAUUAUAGCGGCUUAUACACAAUAAACAAUAUCCAAAAGCCGCAGCAGGCUAAGACAUGAGGGGAUCAUACUAAUGACGCGACGCACUGAAGUAUUUUGAUGUUAGCUUUAUUACUUCGUUUCACCGAGAAAACAUACGCCAAUCGCUUACUUCACCGGAUGCAUUUUAUUGGUCAAGUGAGUAUCAAAAGCACACUCCAUUGAAGUGACGAUGAUGUUAACGAUGGUGAUGACAAUGACGGUGACGUUGACGGUCAAAAGAAAGUUUUUCCCCAUGCUCACGCUGCAAACAACCCGCCCCCACAGGUGAACAGACACACACUAAUAUACACACACACCACACCCCCUUACGGUGUCGUGGAUACAAAUGACACGCACACAUACAAACAAUGUAGAAGGAAAGAAUAAUACAAAAGAAUAUGGCUCCUACAGCUUUACAUUAGUGUUUAAUUAUUAACAUAUAAAUGCAGAAUGUCACGUUACUGCAAAGAACAAAUUAACCAGUGGAUUCUAAUGGUCACAAUAUUCCAUUGUUAGAUGUCAGUUAGGCAUGUAAGAUUAUCAGUGGGUAUCUUAGCAAAAGCAAAACAUGAAAAACAUCUGUAUGCCCAAAGCCAAUAUUUUAAAACAAUCUUAUCUUACACUUUAUGAUAUUUAGCCAAGUGUGGUUUUUCUCAGGCCCAGCGAUAAAUUAAUAAUUUAUUACUGUCAUUUUUAGGGGCAUCUGGAAUUUCAUGGGUGUGACGCUGACGCUUCGGGCUAUAUAAGCCUCAGUGUUCAGCCUCUGAAGCAGGUUGGAAGGUUAACAAAUCCGUCAUGUGGACUCUCUUGGUUCUCGCAGGUGUGAUCGCCUCAUCUGGAGUGCAAGCCGGGGUUAACCGCUAUGGAAUAACAUGGCCGUGGGAUCAAACGACAUCAGGUUUGUCAGGUCCCAGUUCUUGCAGAUACCGCUGUGGCUACCAGUUUGCAGACUGCUCGUGUGUUUCAGGCUGUGAAUACAGAGGGACCUGUUGUUCAGACUAUGAAGAUACCUGCAUCAGCACCACCACCGGCCAGCCAGCCACCACAAGUCAGCCGUCCUGUCAAUACAACUGUGGCCAGCACAUGGGAAGCUGCUCCUGCUCCAGCUCCUGUCAAUUCUAUGGAAACUGCUGCCCUGACUACUACUAUACCUGCGGCACCACCACGGUCCAACCAAUCACUGCCGAACUAACCACAGGUCAGCCGUCCUGUCGAUACAACUGUGGCUGGAACAUGGGAAGCUGCUCCUGCUCCAGCUCCUGUCAAUACAAUGGAAACUGCUGCUAUGACUUCUACUAUACCUGCGCCGACACCACCACCGUCGAACCAGUCACCUCAAGUCAGCCGUCCUGUCGAUACAACUGUGGCUGGAACAUGGGAAGCUGCUCCUGCUCCAGCUCCUGUCAAUACAAUGGAAACUGCUGCUAUGACUUCUACUAUACCUGCGCCGACACCACCACCGUCCAACCAGUCACCUCAGGUCAGCCGUCCUGUCGAUACAACUGUGGCCGGGACAUGGGAAGCUGCUCCUGCUCCAGCUCCUGUCAAUACUAUGGAAACUGCUGCUCUGACUACUACUAUACCUGCGCCGGCAACACCGCCCAACCACAAACCACAGGUCAGCCGUCCUGUCGAUACAACUGUGGCCAGUACAUGGGAAGCUGCUCCUGCUCCAGCUCCUGUCAAUACAAUGGAAACUGCUGCUAUGACUUCUACUAUACCUGCGGCACCACCGCCCAACCACAAACCACAGGUCCGCCGUCCUGUCGAUACAACUGUGGCCGGGACAUGGGAAGCUGCUCCUGCUCCAGCUCCUGUCAAUACUAUGGAAACUGCUGCUAUGACUACUACUCUCACUGCCCGGGCGGAACUGAUAUGCCGACCACAGGGGCGCCCUGUGGAGGCUCUCUGUUUGGCUCUGGUACCUUCUCCAGCCCGAACUACCCCAACUACUACCCCAACAACGCCAACUGCGUGUGGCAGCUGAGGGCUGCGUAUGACCAGAGGAUCGUCCUGUCCAUCACAUUCCUGGAUUUGGAGAACUGCUGUAGCUGUGACUACAUUUCUAUCUACGACGGGCCGAAUGUGAACUCACCAUAUCUGGGGAAUGUGUGCAACGGCAGUCAGAGCAAUCAGACCUUCUACUCCACCUCAAACUACUUGACCGUGGUCUUCCGGGCCGAUAGCUCCGUGGUUGGCCGAGGGUUUAACGCUGACUUUACGAGCGCUUUAUCACCAAACUCAGGUCGAGUGGACUGUUCCUCGGACGUCAUGAACAUCGUUCUCCAGAGGACUUACCUGAACUCCCUCGGCAUCGACGGCAACAACCUGUACCUGAACGACGCGCAGUGCAGACCCCAGAUUUCGAGAGACCAGGUGGUCUUCAACUUCCCAAUCAACACUUGUGGCAACGUUCAAAAGUUCGACAACGGCAGCGUUGUGUACAGCAACGCUCUCCGCGCCUACACCUCCGGCUACGGAGAGAUCACACGGCAGGCUCACUUCAAGAUGAGCGUGGGCUGUCGGAUGGAGCAGGACUCGGUGGCCCAGAUCAUGUACAUCGUCCGUCACCACGACAACACCAGCAUCACGGGCACCGGCAGGUUCAACACCAGCAUGGAUUUCUACACGUCCAGCGGCUUCUACUCUCAGGUGACCGAAGUGCCAUACAUGGUGACGCUCAACCAGAACUUGUUUGUCCAAGUGGACCUCAGCAGGGGUAACGGCUCCCUGGUCCUGUUUCUCGACACCUGUGUGACAUCGCCGUCGCCCCACGAUUUCCAGACCAGACCGUACUACCUCGUCCGCAACGGCUGCACUAUGGACAACACCUACCAGCCCUACGUCACAGGCUCCAGGGCCUAUGCCCGCUUCACAUUCAAGGCCUUCCAGUUCCUGCGAGCCACAGAGUCCGUGUACAUCCAGUGCAAGGUCUUGAUAUGCCAAGCUUCCGACUACAACUCGCGGUGCCGCCGGGGCUGCAACAGACGUGCGGCCAGAGACCUGGGGUCAACCCACGAGGACCAAACUGUGGUCCUGGGGCCCAUCCAACUCAAAGACCCUGAAGAGAAGAAGGAAGACGCUCAGCAGAAAAAGGAGUAACUUGACCCUGCAUUGAGGAGCUUCAGUCAUCAUUAUAAAUCAUUAUUUUCAAUGACACACAGAAUUAUACUCACCCAUUAAUUUUAAUACCUGAUUAAAAGCAUCAUCAAAAGACAUUUGGUGUUUG